AGGGAAGGGAGCGAUAAGGUGGGCGCUUGUACGCUGGAAGGGUUUUCGGUUUGGCUUGACCUUGGUAUUUUUUCUGGCUUCAGCGCGGCAGAUAUCCUUACUUGGGGUUUUCAUCCGAUUCACCUCACCACAUCUAGACGAGCUGUGACUUCCUACUUCGGGUCCGAAGAAGAGUUACGCCUCCUACCGGUGUAAAGGAUUCAAGCCUCGCGAGCACCGCAUCGAUAUUACCCAGCCCAUGCGGCCGUAGCCAGCCAUACCUACUAUCUGAAUUUCCCAUCUUGUCUCUUGCUGACUACUUACCACGAGAGCGCAAGCAAGCAGACCAUCCAAGUGCACUGCACCCAGGAGCACAAAUUUCAAUUCGCCUGAAGUCCUAGGCACAAGCUUUAUCAUGACCUCCUCCAACACCACCUGGCCCCCCGGCGAGGUCUGGAAAGACCUCAUUCCCUUCGGCCCCCUCGCCAACUGUACGCUCGCCCUCUGCCCCGUCGAAUGGAGCGUCUUUACGUACCAGCCGUCCAUCGCAGCCAACUCCGCUCUCCUCGCCAUUUUCGGCGUUCUGCUCCUCGUUCACGCUGCGCAGGGUAUCAAGUACCGUGCGUGGGGAUACAUGGGAUGUAUGGUCGCGGGUUGUGUGCUGCAGAUCAUUGGGUAUGGGGGCAGGAUUAUGCUGCACGGGAAUCCGUUUGAUUUCAAUGCUUUUCUGAUGCAAAUCAUCUGCAUCACAGUAGCACCUGUGUUCUACUGCGCAGCGGUAUACGUACUCCUCGCGCAGAUGAUGACAACUCUCGACCCCUCCCUUUCCCGCCUCUCCCCCAAACUCUUCUACUACAUCUUCAUCCCCGCCGACGUCACCUGCCUCAUCCUCCAAGCGACAGGCGGCGCCCUCUCCGCAACAGGAGCCACCUUCGACGCCGUCAACACAGGUGUAUCUGUCUCUAAAGCUGGUCUAAUCCUGCAAGUCGUCGUGCUCACCAUCUUCCUCGGUGCCACCGCAGACUACCUACUGGUCUACCGGCGGACCCACGGCGCUGCGUUGUUACGGCGGCUGAGCGUGUUCUUGGGUGCGGUCGGAGCAGGGGUUGUGUGCGUGCUUGUGAGAUGUGUAUAUCGAAUUGUGGAGCUGAAGGACGGGUAUUUUGGACCGGGUUUUCAGCAUCAGUGGGUUUUUGUUGCGUUGGAGGGCGUGGUCAUGUGCAUUGCGGUGGUGUUCCUUGCAGCUGGGCAUCCGGGGAUGAGUCUGUAUCGUCUGAAGGAGGAGAAAGGGCCGGCACGCCAAGAGAGGCAGGCGGAGGUGGCUCAGCAAGGUGGAGUUGGGUAUCACUAGAGGCGACCCUCUAGCGUAGAGAUGAGUAGAACGCGAAAAUAUGGGAGAUUUUGUCUUGACACGAAGUAUCUGAUGGAUUACACCGGGAAGGGGCUAUCGCCAGACAUAAAUUUGCUGCGAGAUAACAUGUGGGCAUUCAUUACACCAACACACUACCAUACGCCCUCGAUAUCCACGCGCCCUC